CCUCGGCCUGCUCAUUUCCCGUCUCUGUUUGCAGUAGAGGACAGCUUCGGUUCCUUUUUUUUGUUCAUCACCAAAAGGCCCGAGAGUCAACGGACUGUUUUUUUGCUAACAGUACUUUAUUUCCUCCGCCCGCUCGCCUGCUCUCCUCUUUCGAAAAUCUCCGACAUCCCCAGCGAGCUUUUUAGUUCUCCAGUUCAUCAGUCUCUCCCUCACAAUGGCGUCCCGUCCGCAGAACAUUGGCAUCAAGGCCAUUGAAAUCUACUUCCCCAGUCAGUACGUCGAGCAAUCCGAGCUCGAAAAGUUCGAUGGCGUUAGCUCCGGAAAAUACACCAUUGGCCUUGGGCAGACCAAGAUGGCCUUUUGCGACGACCGCGAAGACAUCUACUCCCUCGCCUUGACGGCCACUUCCAACCUGCUCAAGAAGUAUGCCAUUGACACCAACUCCGUCGGCCGCCUUGAGGUCGGCACCGAGACCCUCUUGGACAAGUCCAAGUCGGUCAAGUCGGUGCUGAUGCAGCUUUUCGGCGACAACACCAACAUCGAGGGUGUCGACACCGUCAACGCCUGCUACGGCGGCACCAACGCCUUGAUCAACUCGGUCAACUGGAUUGAGGGUUCCGGCUGGGACGGCCGUGACGCUAUCGUCGUUGCUGGAGAUAUUGCCCUUUACGCCAAGGGCAACGCCCGCCCCACCGGUGGCGCCGGCUGCGUCGCCAUGCUGGUUGGCCCCGACGCCCCCAUCGUCGUUGAGCCCGGUCUGCGUGGCUCUUUCAUGCAGCACGCCUACGACUUCUACAAGCCCGACCUGGCCAGCGAGUAUCCCUACGUUGACGGCCACUUCUCGCUCACCUGCUACACCAAGGCAUUGGAUGGCGCCUACCGUGCCUACAACAAGCGUGAGGCUCAGCUCCAGAACGGCCACGCCAACGGCAACGGCGCCGCAGACAGCUCCAAGACCCCCCUGGACCGCUUUGACUACAUCGCCUUCCACUCGCCCACCUGCAAGCUUGUGCAAAAGUCGUACGCCCGCCUGCUGUACCACGACUACCUCGCCAACCCCGACCACCCUGCCUUUGCCGAGGUCCCCGGGGAGCUGCGCGAUAUGGACUACGAGAAGUCGCUUACCGACAAGGGUGUUGAGAAGGCCUUCAUGGCCCUGACCAAGAAGCGCUUCCAGGAGCGUGUCAACCCCGGCAUCCAGGUUGCCACCCUUUGCGGCAACAUGUACUGCGCUAGCGUCUGGGGUGGUCUGUCCAGCUUGAUCGGCCACGUCGACAGCGCUACUCUUCAGGGCAAGCGCAUCGGUCUUUUCAGCUACGGCUCUGGCUUGGCUGCCAGCUUCCUGUCUUUCCGCGUCAACGGCAGCACCGAGACGAUCUCAAAGGCGCUUGACAUUCCCAACAGGCUCGAGGCCAGGCGCGCCGUCCAGCCGCAGACAUAUGACGAUAUGUGCGAGAUGCGCAAGAAGGCCCACCUCCAGAAGAACUUUACCCCCACUGGCGAUGUCAGCACCAUCGUGAACGGAACCUACUACCUGGAGAACGUCGACGACAUGUUCAAGCGAACCUACAGCGUCAAGGCAUAAGGAGAGCUGGCUGCUCGCAUGCCUCAUUGGAAUGACGAUACCCGAAAGCUAUUAAUAGAGGCUGAUGGUCUCGAGUGAAACCUAUUGGCCAUGAAUAAAACCUAUUGCCUCAAUGGAAGUAGGCGAGACCCUUCCUUCGAGGUGCGACACGGCGUCAUAUGCACUUCUGCUAGUCGCUUGUCAGCUUGUUUUUGAUUGCGAUUGGGUGGUGCAGAUGCUGCACAGUACAAGCAUCUGGGAAAUACGCAUGUGAUUCGGACUGUUGUGGAGAGAGCAUUUACCUUACCUGGCUUGCCACAUGAGCGUUAGGUAGCGUGUACUGCAUGGCGGAAGUCUCCAAUGCCAUCGUCAAUGGGUUCUGCCUCGCGGUGUAUAUACUUUUGUGUUUUGGGCGGCGCUUUAAACAACUUAGAUCUUUGCAAGUUGAGGUUUAUUAUGGAGAAGCUUCUUGAGCAAAUAAUUAUAAAAAAAUUGAAAUUAGCUUUACAAGUAACGAGAC